UUACCCACGACCGAUGAAACGAAUCAAAAUAGCGAUAUCUUAAUCUGAAACCAAAAAGACAAAUAAGAGUAAGAUUUGUUGUGGUGUGUUUCUGAUUGCUAGAUGCAAACCCUCAUUGCCACGGGCUCUUGCUUUCUUUGCAAGUUCCCUAACAACAAUGCCAAUUGGAAGCAUCUUUUACCGAGUGCUCGUAGGCCUUCCUGCAACCUUAGAAAUCAAAGCACAACAAGAAACAGCAGCCUCAGAACCACUUGGCCUUCCAUCUCGUUCGCACUUUUCGCUUCGGGUUUCUUCCUCGGUCCGUUGAUUGAUGGACUCCAUUCAAGGGUUGAUCUUGUGGUUUAUGAAAACGGUUCAACCAAUAUCGGUCCUCUGCACACAAACGUCUGGGUUCCCGUCUUGCUCGGUCUGUUCUACUGCACUGUUGGGAUGUUUCAACUAGUCUUGGAUGAAAGGACCUCUUCAAAGGUUCAGCAAGUGAACCAAGAGAAAGCGUUUGCUUCUUUGUUAUCACUUGUGCUGUUUAUAGAGUUGAGCGCUGAACUGUACAAAGCAGGAAUCGCAGACAACACUGAAGCCUACAUAUUAUUUGCAGGAGCUGAGUUUCUAUGGUUUUUCCUUGACAGAACAUGGUUCGGCUUCCUCCUCGCAAGUGUCAUCGGCCUUGGCUGCCCGGUGGCCGAGAUUCCGUUAAUGCAGUUCUUCCACCUCUGGUAUUAUCCACAAGCAAAUGUUGAGAUCUUCGGCCAGGGACUAGUGAGUUGGACACUCACUUGCUAUUUUGUUUACACGCUGUUUUUGAUCAAUUUCUCACGUUGGCUGAAAUCAGUGAUCGUUGAUGCUGCCGAUACGGAGGACAAGUCCUCUUAAUCGUACUCACUGUCACCAGUCUCAGCCCAGUUUGAUAACUAACUCGGAAAAAUGUCGGAGAAUGUAUUUGAAAUAACUAGAUUUACAUUUCGCAUAGGGUUGAAAAUACGACGUGCAAAUAAUCAUUUGAAAUCCAUUUGUUUUCGUCCGUUCGAUCUCA